CAUUCUGUUCUUUAAUCGGACGGUCGGGAGAGCAGGAACAGAAGCAGCAGCCAGCGUACCAUAAAAGGGAGUCGAUGUGGUCGUGUCAGAGGGAUCAAUCUCUCAGAUAUUUUAUUGAUAGAGAAAAUGUACGUAGCAGCUUCGGCGGCGGAGGGUUUGAGCAGAUGGGGUGUGUACAGGGAGCUUCCAAUGGCAGCGGCGCCCAUGGCUAAAACGACGUCGUUCUAUCGCCGGAACCCUCUUCUUGAUCGCGUUUCUCUCGUCCGCGCCAAACCUUCCUUUUCCUGUUUUUGUGCUCUCGCCGGAGACGAUGUGUUUUCGGUCACAUCCGCCACUCAGUUCGACGUCGAUUAUCUUGGGCAGAGCACCAAAGGUGAUUUGAAUGUCAAAUCCGACCAUCUCGACUCUUUUGGCCUUGGGGGUCGAUCAGCCUUGGAGGGUCCAAUUGAGGAAGUUGCCAGGGCGGAAGCUGGAGAGGCUGAGGAUUUGCUUCGCCACUUGGGUAUCCCGGGUCCUUUUUCAUCAAGAUAUUCACCGCGUGGCAUAUUUUGUAGCCGUACAUUGAAUCUUCGGUCAAUCAGUGCCAUUGGAUAUGACAUGGACUACACCUUGAUGCACUAUAAUGUGAUGGCUUGGGAAGGACGGGCGUAUGAAUAUUGUAUGGACAACCUAAGGAACAUGGGGUUUCCUGUGGAUGGACUUGCAUUUGACCCAAACUUGGUUAUUAGAGGCCUUGUAAUAGACAAAGAGAAAGGAAACUUGGUUAAGCCUGACAGAUUUGGCUAUGUAAAAAGGGCUAUGCAUGGUACAACAAUGCUAAGUACUCGAGCUGUAACUGAGAUGUAUGGGAGGGAACUGGUGGAUCUGCGAAACGAAAGUCGAUGGGUAUUCCUCAAUACACUAUUCUCUGUUUCAGAAGCAGUGGCUUUUAUGCAGAUGGUGGACAGAUUAGAUGAAGGAGCUAUAUCUGCAGAAAUUGUUCCACUUCAUUAUAAAGGACUUUACAAGGCUGUUGGAAAGGCCCUCUUCAAGGCACAUGUAGAAGGCCAGCUUAAGCAUGAGAUAAUGUCCAAGCCUGAAUUGUUUGUUGAGCCUGAUCCGGAGAUGCCUUUGGCACUCUUGGAUCAAAAAGAGGCUGGCAAAAAGCUUUUGCUUAUUACCAACUCAGAUUAUCAUUAUACAGACAAAAUGAUGCAGCAUUCCUUUAACAAAUUCCUUCCCAAUGAUAUGGGCUGGCGAGAUCUAUUUGACAUGGUUAUAGUCUCUGCGAGGAAGCCAGAGUUCUUCCAAAUGUCACACCCAUUGUAUGAGGUGGUGACAGAUGAGGGUCUAAUGCGUCCAUGCUUCAAGGCUUGUACAGGGGGCUUAUACUCAGGAGGGAGUGCUCAGAUGAUUGAAAAUUCCCUUAAAAUCCAUGGAGAUGAGAUUUUGUAUGUCGGUGACCACAUUCAUACAGAUGUAAGCCAAUCAAAAGUACAUCUGCGUUGGCGGACGGCUUUGAUUUGUCGAGAACUUGAAGAAGAGUAUAAUGCAUUGAUUCGUAGUAGCAGUCAUCGGGCCACAGUGAUAGACCUUAUAAAUCAGAAGGAAGUUGUAGGAGAUCUAUUUAACCAACUUCGACUUGCUUUGCAAAGGCGAACCAAGGGGCGGCCUGCUCAAACUCUUGCUGCAACUAAUAUGGAUAAUCAAGGACUCACUGAGACCAUGCAGAAGCUACUUCUUGUUAUGCAAAGACUAGACGAAAAAAUUGCACCAAUGUUAGAAGCUGAUGGAGAGCACUUUAGCAAAAGGUGGGGCUUUCUUUCACGUGCGGGUCUUUGGGAUAAAAGUCACUUGAUGAGACAAAUUGAAAAGUAUGCUGAUAUUUACACCUCUAGGGUCUCAAAUUUCCUACAUUAUACACCCUUUAUGUAUUUUCACUCACAGGAACAGACUCUCGCUCAUGAUUCAUACUCUUGGUACCAGUCACAAUUUAAUGGACUGAUGUUAAAGACCAGAGUUAAACCAGAAGAUCUUCCUGUUAAAUUUACUGAUAGCAAUGAUGGUCAUUGACAUUACAGCGGGCAUGGGAUUUUAAGACAUUGAUCUGUAAAAUGCCCAAAAAAAAAAGUUUGAGGGAAUAAAAGAGUGAGCAUAUGGGGUAUGGAUUUUGUUCUUGAUCAAUGUGAUGGAAAAGUUCCUGUUACAUGGAAAUAACAUCAUGUAUAUGUUCUCUAAAGUAUAUGAUUAAUAAAGUAUCUGAGUGUUUCCUAAAUGCUGUUGCUGCUAA